AUGUUGAGAAGACUGUAUUACUUCAUAAUACUGCGCUUGGUUACCUGUGUCCUAGGACAAGAGAAACCAAUUGCAUUAAUUGGUACCAUACUUUUACCUGGCCAAAGUAUCAACAAUGGAACAUUACUAAUUGUUGAUGGAUACAUUGAAGCAGUAGGUGCUAGCGUUUCCAUUCCAAAUAAUGCUAUUGUUUUACAUACUAAUGGUGUUAUUUUGCCAGGUCUUAUCGAUCUACAUAAUCAUCUAACAUGGAAUAUUUUUCCACGUUGGAAACCUUCGGAAGAAUUUGGUAGUCGUUAUGAUUGGCAACAAAAACCAAUUUAUAAGAUACUUCUUGCAACACCACACAGAGAACUAGUUAAAGCUGGUCUGUCGUGUGAAAUGCAACGAUAUGCAGAAGUAAAAGCCAUUACACAAGGUGCCACAAGUGUAAUUGGUGGUUUACGAAGACCUUGCAAUCGAGGAUUAGCACGUAAUCUUGAUGAUGAUCCAACACUCGGACAGAUUCUUUAUAAUGUUUUUCCAUUACAAAUGACAGAUAUGGAAUUGAAAGAAGUAAAUGAGGUUCUAUCUUCUAAUGGUACAUUAUUUAUUCAUCUUGCAGAAGGCUCACCGCAGGAUGCAACAGCAGCAAGAGAAUUUCUUAUGUUAAAGGCUCGUGGUUUAUUAAGAACAGGAGUCUCACUUAUUCAUGGUGUUGCUUUAAAAGAAAAUGAUUUGCGGGCCAUGGCAAAUGCUAGCGUUGGUUUAAUUUGGUCACCACGUACUAAUUUAGAACUCUAUGGUGAUACAGUAAAUCUAGAAGCAGCAUUAGAAAAUCAUAUUAUUACGGCCAUUGCUCCUGAUUGGAGUCCUACGGGUAGUGAUGGUCUACUCAGUGAAUUGAAUUAUGCUGCCACAUGGAAUGCUGGUUUAGAAUAUUCUGUCUUCGAUGAUCGUUUACUAUUAGAAAUGGCAACAAUUAAUCCAGCUAAAUUAAUCCAUUUGGAUAAACGCUUGGGUUUAUUAAAAGAAGGAUAUCUAGCUGAUGUACUCGUGCUACAACUGAAUAAUAAUCAAUCUAAAUUUAAUCCGUAUUGGGCUGCUACUCAUUCCAUACCAGAAGAUGUUUUGCUUGUCUUAAUUGAUGGCAAAGCUGUUUAUGGUAGUCCUAAAAUGAUGAAAGAAUUAGUCGAUUCUAGAAACUUAGAAUCAAUAGAAAUAUGUGGCAUUGAAAAAAGUAUUUCCUUUGCUAGCCAAAAUGGUCCUCAACCCUCAUUUCGUCAAACUCAACAAUUAUUGAACAAUGCGCUUCGUCAUUGGGGUCGUACGUUAGCUCCACUUUCAGAAUGUGGAAAUUAA